AUGUUCGAAUGGCUAAACCUAAACUGCACUGGUGGUGAUUCAGGAACAGAACCCUAUUUAGCUUCACAUUAUCAACUACUUGCUCAUGCAAGCAUCUGUUCAAGUCUACAAGAAAAAAUAUCAGAAAUCUCAAAAAGGAAUCAUAGGCAUAACAUUAGUGUGUUUCGGUAUACGCCAUAUUCAAAUCACAAAGUGGAUAAAGAUGCUGCCAAUCGAGCACUUGACUUCAUGUAUGGAUGGUUCAUGGAACCAUUGACAUCAGGAAAAUAUCCAGAGAGCAUGAUUUCCCUGGUUGGUGAACGACUGCCAAAGUUCUCUGAAGAAGAAGCAAGACUUGUGACUGGUUCAUAUGAUUUUAUUGGACUAAACUAUUACACCACUGCCUAUGCUGCCAAUGCACCCAAAACCAGACCUAAUUAUGAUUCUGAUUCCAAUGUCAAAACUUCAUUGAAGGUGAAGGGAUGA